UCCCUUGCGGGAGACAGGCCUCCUCAGGCCAGCAGGCAGAACCUUCUCUCUUUCGCAGGGACCAGGGCCUUGGCGGGUGUUGGCUUAAUCCCAGCUCUCUGCGUCUUUCGGGCUCGAGGCCUCGUCUGUCCUGCCUGGGUGUUGAGACCCAGCCGGGAGUUCCAGGCCUUCCGCGUCAUCCUGGUGUCAGGCCACCCCCCGCCUGGGGCCACCAGAUGCCAACUUAGGCUUCCUUCCAUUAAAUAUCCUCUUUGUUCCUGGCAGCCGAUGAUUUCCUGUUCUUUUCUGAAGCUCACCUGUGUGCUUAUUAAUGCAGUGUGUUUUGCCCAGCAGUUCUGGGUGUUUUGAAGUGGAGUGUGGCAGUAACAGAGGCUCACUGUGUUGCUGGAACUGCAAGCCCUCUGGCUGUCAUUGCAGUGGCAGGACGUGGAGACAGGCCUUGAGGAGUUGGGGGUAGGGGUCAGUCGGGGGGUGUCCAGGCCCUCGGCCCUGCCCGCCAGGGCCUCUCCAAGUGGACUCCGAGUAACGCGUUGGUGGAUGAGGUUCUGCGUGUGGCCACAGCAGCACUGGAAGGAAAGCCACCAGCCCAGAGUCCCCUCCCCAGCCCUGAACCCUCUUCGUCUUGCAGAAGAAGCACUUCCUGAGAAGGAGAAAAUCCUGGACAAGCUGGAGCUGAGCUUGAUCCACAGCAGAGGGGACAGCGGCGACCUCAGGCCAGAUGACACCAAGGCUGAGGAGAAGGAGCUCAUCGACACACAGCAAAAUGGGGACAAAGAGGAAAAUGAGGAGGGGCAGAAAGAGGACAAGAACGGGAAGUUCAAAUUCAUGUUCAACAUUGCAGAUGGGGGCUUCACAGAGCUGCACACGCUGUGGCAGAACGAGGAGCGUGCGGCGGUGUCCUCGGGGAAAAUCUACGACAUCUGGCACCGGCGCCAUGACUACUGGCUGCUGGCCGGCAUCGUGACGCACGGCUACGCCCGCUGGCAGGACAUCCAGAACGACCCGAGGUACAUGAUCCUCAACGAGCCCUUCAAGUCCGAGAUCCACAAGGGCAACUACCUGGAGAUGAAGAACAAGUUCCUGGCCCGCAGGUUCAAGCUGCUGGAGCAGGCGCUGGUCAUUGAGGAGCAGCUCCGGAGGGCGGCGUACCUCAACAUGACCCAGGACCCCAACCACCCAGCCAUGGCCCUCAACGCCCGCCUGGCCGAGGUGGAGUGCCUUGCCGAGAGCCACCAGCACCUGUCCAAGGAGUCCCUUGCCGGGAACAAGCCUGCCAAUGCCGUCUUGCACAAGGUCCUGAACCAGCUGGAGGAGCUGCUGAGCGACAUGAAGGCGGACGUGACCCGCCUGCCCUCCAUGCUGUCCCGCAUCCCCCCGGUGGCCGCCCGCCUGCAGAUGUCAGAGCGCAGCAUCCUGAGCCGCCUGACCAACCGGGCCGGCGACCCCACCAUCCAGCAGGGCGCUUUCGGCUCCUCCCAGAUGUACAACAAUAACUUUGGGCCCAACUUCCGGGGCCCUGGACCGGGAGGGAUUGUCAACUACAACCAGAUGCCCCUGGGGCCCUAUGUGACCGAUAUCUAGCCGUCCCCGCGAGGCCCCUCUGUCGCAGCGCUCCUUCCCAGCAGAGCUGAGCUUGCCGGGCCGCCCGCCCGGCUCCCACAGGAGAGAAAAGCUGCCGCCUUUUUAGGAGCCGGUGCCACCUUGGGACAAAAAGGGAAACCGAGUAACGCCAUCACGUGGAGGACGAGGCCCAGCUCGGCUGGGCAGAGCCCAGAAGUGCCGCCUCAUCGUGGUUCAAAUGUUCUUCCACACAGUGUCACCCACAGCCACGCCGGACGUGUCCCCUCACCACCUUUUCCAGAACGACUUCUUAGAAGAGAUUUCAUUUAUUUGUACGUCUUUUGCACUUUCCUGUUGAAGACUUGAACAAGUUUGUCUUGAUAAAAGUCGGAUGCCGUGUGGAAGCUUCUGA